AUGGGGGAGAAUAUCUCGGACAGGCGCUGGGAUUUCCUGCAGGACUACGUGCUGAAGACCAUGAAGCUGAAGGCUGAGCGCUGGCACAUGUGUACUGGCACCGAGGAGCAUCGCCUGUGUAUCCAGGAGUUCCUGGACAGCGGAGAGCGGCCGCUACUAGUGGUGUCGCUCAGCGCCGCCGGCUUGCUCCUGCCCUCGCUACACUUCCCCAGCCUCGGCAAGAACAAAGCCGUCUUCUUCGCCAAGCGCCGCCGGGAGAAGCUCAGCGCCGACUCCAUGAAGAACAACCUGGUGUUCGGCGACCUGGCUUACUGUCCCCUGGAGCAGUUCUCAGCCCUGGUGGACGAGGUGGUGGUGCCGGUUUUGACCAACAGCAGGAAUCACGGGUAUUGGCCGCAGGUUGUGUCGCAAGAUGUCGUACGUCACGCCCACAGCCUAAAGAGCAGUGUCUUUGUAGUUGUGGGGCAAGUGCAGGGCAAGACGAUGCUGCCUUUGCCCGUCGGAGCAGAGAGAGCUGCUAUUGGUUUGCGCAAAAAUGGUAGCAGCCUAGAUAAAGGGGUGGCACACGCAGUGGAGUCUGUUAUCAUUGACUGGAGCCACCAGAUCAAUGAUGUGCUGAAGAGAGACUCUUCUGAACCUUUGCUGGCUGGCUACAAUCCCAACCCAAAUGUGGAACAGGAGUUCUGGAAAAACAGGUGCAGUAACUUGAAAUGCAUUUACGAUCAGCUGAGGUCAAGAAAAGUGAGGAAGAUGGUGGAGUUACUGGAGGUGAUGGGGAGCAGCUACUUCCCAGUGUUUAAAACCAUGUUCAGUGAUGUUGUUGCAGCUCUGACUGAAGCAAGGGAUGUUACUUUGCAUUUGAAGCCACUCCAGUGCCAUUUUGAGGAUAUUGAGAAUGCGGACUUCAAUGAGCUGAAGCCAAUGCUGAGCUGCUUCAUGCACCUGGUGUGCCUGGUCUGGGCCAGAUCUAAGUACUACAACACCCCGGCUCGUAUCAUUGUCCUGUUGCAGGAGACCUGCAACCUUCUUAUUCAGCAGGCACGUGUUUAUGUCAACCCGGAGGACAUCCUGAAGGGUGAGGUGGACGAAAACUUGAGCAAGGUGCGGGAAGCCGUCGGCAUACUCUGUUUUUUCAAGCAAAUUUUUGAAGAAAAGCGUGAAAAUUUGAGGAGCUAUUACAAGGAGGAUGAGACAGUGCGAGAGUGGGACUUUAAUUCGUUGCUCAUCUUUGCCCGAAUGAACUGUCACCUCAAGAGACUUGAGCAGAUUGAGGAUUUCUUGGUGACAGCGCAAGAUAUAUUUAAACUAGAAAAAGUUGAGUUUGGAGGGAUUCGGGGUAAGUCCUUAAGCCAGCAGGUGGCGCAGAUGUAUGAUGAAUUCCUGGAGCUGUACAAAGUGUUCACAGACCAUACCUACGACUGUUUGGAUCCUGCUAACCAGGAAUUUGAAGCAGAUUUUCUAAACUACAAGAUGAAAAUUGAGGACAUUGAUCGACGGUUGGCCACCAUUUUCGGUCAGGCUUUUGACGAUGCCUAUAGUUUGGAGCAUGCAUUCAAGUUGCUGGAUAUGUUUGGCAGCCUCCUCGAUCGGCCCCUCAUAGCAGCCAGCGCAUGUGACAAAUAUCCUCACCUCAUUGUGAUGUUCACCAAGGACUUGGAUGAUGUUAAACACAUUUAUAACAGGCACAUGCAGAAAGCAGAAUUAGGCUGCCCGCCAUUGAACAAGAACAUGCCGAUUGUAAGUGGAGGGUUGCGCUGGGCUCAGGAAUUAAGGGAACGCAUUCGAAUCCCAUUCAAUAACUUCAAACAAGUCCCACAGCUGCGUAUGAACUCCUCGGAAGGUAAAAGAAUGAAUCAGAUGUAUCAGGAGAUGAUGGAACUAUUGGAUCAGUAUGAAGCCAAGCUGUAUGUGGAAUGGUCCAAGACUGUGUCUCAAAAAUCGCAAUAUAAUCUCACUCAACCUCUCCUCAAACGAGACCCAGAAACAAAACUAAUCUCUGUAAAUUUUGAGCCUCAGCUGGUCUCGGUGUUGCGAGAAGUUCGAUAUUUGGAAUCACAGCACGCAGAGAAGAUACCUGAAACUGCAUCUGAGAUUUAUGCCUCCAAAGAAUCCUACCGCCAGUAUGUGGCCACCUUGGAGCUGACUGCUAAUUGGUACAACAAAGUCCGAAAGUCUGUCCUUGGGGUGGAAUUUCCUCUCAUAGCGGAACAGGUACAACAGAUUGACUCCAAAAUGAUGGAGGCAGAAGAAUUAUUGAACUGGAAGAAUGAAGGCAUUUGGGAGUACAUCCAAACACUUCGGGAUAUGGUGCAAGACUUGGAGAGCCGGAUGCAGAAAGCAAAAGAUAAUGUGGGUGCCAUGCAAGAUGUUAUGAAGGCGUGGAUAUCUCCUGUUUUUGAAAGAAAAGAAGGGAAAAAGGACACACUACUUAGUCUGGAUGACAAGAAUGAAAGGCUUGAGAAACGCUUCAGUUUUAUAGCGCAAACUGGUGAAAAAAUACAUUCGUUGGUGAAGGAAAAUCUGAGUCUCUUCCAAGCUGAUGUAACAUCCAGUGUUUGGACGGCAUAUGUUGACUACGUUGAUGAAAUGGUCAUUGAUGGUUUCUUCAAUGCCAUUGAAGCCUCUCUGAAUUACCUCGUAGAUAGCACUGACCCUAAAGCUGGGUUUGCCCCACUGUUUGAAGCCCAGUUAGACUUAGUCUCUCCAGAUUUGAUCUUCCAUCCGUCCCUUGAGAUCGGCAGCAGUGGCAGUUUCCAUGAUAUGAUCGAUGGGUUGAUUAACGACAUUUUCAAGAUUUCAUCUUUAGUUCCCAGGUUGGCAGAGCACACCAAUUAUCCUCACUAUCAGGCUGACAUGGAAGACAUGGCUGACCUGGCAGAUAUGCGGCAGCACCUGAUGGACAAUGUCCAGCAUGUGAUGGCCAAGUGCUGUGGGUAUCGCAGCUCCUUUGACCAGUACGCGUACCUUUGGGUUGACGAUCGGAGGGAAUUUAUGCGCCAAUUCCUCCUGUAUGGCCAUGUUCUCACGGCUGAAGACAUCGAGGCCCAUGCAGAGGACGGUAUCCCAGAGAGCCCUCCAACUCUUCAGCAGUACAAGGAGCAGAUGGACUCCUACGAAAAGAUCUACGUUGAAGUGAACUCUCUGGAACCCAUCACCAUUUUUGACAGCUGGAUGCGAAUUGAUGGCAGGCCCUUCAAGUCGGCCCUGUUGAAUAUCAUCAAGAAGUGGAGCCUUAUGUUCAAACAGCACCUGAUUGACCACGUAACACACAGUUUGGCUGAUCUCAACGAGUUUAUUAAAGUAGCAGAAGGAGGUUUAUGUCAGAAGGUUGAAGAAGGUGACUUCAACGGCCUGGUCGGCGUGAUGGGUCAUCUCAUGGCUGUAAAGGAGAGACAGGCUUUAACUGAUGCCAUGUUUGAGCCCUUUAAACAAACCAUUGAGCUCCUGAAGACCUAUGAGCAAGAAUUACCCGAAGAAGUGCACAAGCAGUUGGAGGGACUGCCAGAGAAGUGGAACAAUACCAAGAAACUAGCAAUAACAACAAAGCAGCAUGUGGCUCCUCUGCAGGCCAACGAGGUUACAAUUCUUCGCAAGAAAUGUGCCAGCUUUGAUGUGGAGCAACACAAAUUCCGAGAACAAUUUCGCAAAGAUGCACCAUUCAGGUUUGAUAGCAUACAACCAUAUCAGGUAUUAGAUAUUGUUCACACUCAGAUCAGCCAAAUGGAAGCUACAAUGGGUGCCAUUAAUCAGUCUGCAAGUUUAUUUGAAGUCAAUGUACCAGACUAUAAACAAUUAAAACAAUGCAGAAAAGAAGUACAUCUUCUGAAAGGACUAUGGGAUAUGAUUUUGUUGGUAAAAUCGAGCAUGGAUGAUUGGAAGACUACAAAGUGGAGAGAAAUCAAUGUCGAAAAUAUGGAGCUGGAAUGUAAAAAGUUUGCAAAAGAUAUCCGUGCCUUGGACAAAGAAGUACGGGCAUGGGAUGCUUUCACUGGGUUGGACAACACAGUGAAGAAUAUUUUGACUUCAUUACGGGCUGUGGCUGAACUUCAGAAUCCAGCAAUCCGGGAUCGACACUGGUAUCAGUUAAUGCAAGCCACAAAUGUAACAUUUACCAUGGAUGACAGCACAACUCUGGCUGACCUCCUGCAACUCAACCUGCACAACUUUGAAGACGAGGUUUGUGGAAUCGUGGACAAAGCUGUGAAAGAAAUGGGUAUGGAGAAGGUAUUGAAGGAGCUGGACACAACGUGGACCACCAUGCAAUUUCAGUACGAACCGCACUCACGCACAUCGGUGCCAUUGAUCAAAUCAGAUGAGGAGCUUAUUGAGACCUUGGAGGACAACCAGGUCCAGCUGCAGAACCUAAUGACCUCCAAGUAUAUUGCCUUUUUCUUGGAAGAGGUAUCCAGCUGGCAGAAGAAGUUGUCCAUUGCUGACUCUGUAAUAUCAGUUUGGUUCGAGGUGCAACGGACCUGGUCGCAUCUUGAAAGCAUCUUUAUUGGAUCUGAGGACAUUCGUUGUCAGUUGCCUGAGGACUCCAAACGGUUCGAUGGAAUUGAUGCAGAUUUUAAGGAGCUGGCAUGGGAUGCUGAGAGAACCCCAAAUGUAGUGGAGGCCACAAACAAACCGGGUUUGUGUGAAAAGCUGGAAGGCAUCCAGGUCAGAUUGGCUCUCUGUGAGAAAGCACUGGCAGAAUAUCUUGACACCAAAAGAUUGGCGUUCCCCCGUUUCUAUUUUAUUUCUUCGGCUGAUUUGUUGGAUAUUCUUUCCAAUGGAACAAACCCUCAUCAGGUUCAACGUCACUUGUCUAAACUCUUUGACAACAUGGCCAGCAUGAAAUUCCAGACUGAGGGCGAUGAUGAGCCAACUAAAAUGGCCCUGGGAAUGUACAGCAAGGAGGAUGAAUAUGUGAACUUCAAAGAGCCAUGCGACUGCGAUGGGCAGGUUGAAAUUUGGUUGAAUCGUGUGUUGGACGCCAUGAGAGAUACAGUGAGGCAUGAAAUGACUGAAGGUGUCAUGGCGUAUGAAGAGAAACCAAGAGAUCAGUGGCUUUUCGAUUAUCCAGCUCAGGUGGCGCUUACUUGCACUCAGAUUUGGUGGACUACGGAAGUUGGGAUUUGUUUCGCCAGACUGGAAGAAGGCUAUGAAAAUGCCAUGAAGGACUAUUACAAAAAACAGAUUAACCAGUUGAAUACACUUAUUACCAUGUUAAUUGGCCAGCUCUCGAAAGGAGAUCGGCAGAAGAUCAUGACUAUCUGCACGAUCGAUGUCCACGCACGUGACGUUGUUGCAAAGAUAAUUGCUCAGAAGGUUGACAACUCUCAAGCUUUUGUCUGGCUCUCCCAGCUCCGUCAUCGCUGGGACGAUGAGAGGAAACACUGCUUUGCCAACAUCUGUGACGCACAAUUUCUGUAUUCCUAUGAAUAUCUGGGCAACACCCCCCGACUGGUUAUCACACCUUUAACAGACAGAUGUUAUAUCACGCUGACCCAGUCUCUACAUCUGACGAUGAGUGGAGCUCCCGCCGGGCCUGCAGGAACAGGGAAGACUGAAACCACUAAAGAUUUAGGCAGAGCACUGGGAAUUAUGGUUUAUGUAUUCAACUGCUCUGAGCAGAUGGAUUACAAGUCGUGUGGCAAUAUUUACAAAGGCCUCGCACAGACAGGCGCCUGGGGUUGUUUUGAUGAGUUCAACAGGAUUUCCGUUGAGGUUCUCUCUGUUGUAGCUGUACAGGUGAAAUCUAUUCAGGAUGCAAUCCGCGACAAAAAAUCCCGCUUCAACUUCAUGGGCGAAGAGAUCAAUCUGUCCAUGUCUGUUGGGAUCUUUAUCACAAUGAACCCUGGAUACGCCGGACGUACAGAACUACCUGAGAAUUUGAAAGCCCUGUUCCGACCCUGUGCCAUGGUGGUCCCAGACUUUGAAUUGAUUUGUGAAAUCAUGUUGGUUGCUGAAGGUUUCAUAGAAGCCAGGCUGUUAGCCAGGAAGUUUCUCACCCUGUAUCAACUUUGCAAAGAACUGCUUUCCAAACAGGAUCACUAUGACUGGGGGCUUCGUGCCAUCAAGUCUGUGCUGGUUGUGGCCGGGUCUCUGAAGAGAGGUGACCCAGAUCGCCCCGAAGACCAGGUUCUGAUGCGAGCCCUUCGAGACUUUAAUAUACCGAAGAUAGUAUCUGAUGAUGUGCCCAUUUUCAUGGGUCUCAUUAGCGAUCUCUUCCCUGCGCUGGAUGUUCCAAGGAAGAGGAACCUUGACUUUGAAGGUCAUGUGAAGCAGUCCAUCAUGGACCUUAAGUUGCAGCCCGAGGACAAUUUUAUUUUAAAAGUUGUUCAAUUGGAAGAGAUGCUCGAAGUGAGGCAUUCUGUGUUUGUUGUGGGAAAUGCUGGAACCGGCAAGACUCAGGUCCUGAAGUCUUUGUACAAGACUUACCAGAACAUGAAACGACGACCUGUCUGGGCUGAUCUUAAUCCUAAGGCUGUCACUAACGAUGAACUCUUUGGGAUCAUCAACCCAACAACCAGAGAAUGGAAAGAUGGGCUGUUUUCAAACAUAAUGCGUGAACUAGCUAACAUAACCCAUGAUGGUCCCAAGUGGAUUGUGCUAGAUGGUGACAUUGAUCCGAUGUGGAUCGAAUCUCUAAACACUGUCAUGGAUGAUAAUAAGGUUCUAACUCUGGCUAGCAAUGAACGGAUCCCUCUAAACCCCACCAUGAGGCUUCUGUUUGAAAUUAGCCACUUGCGGACUGCUACACCAGCCACUGUAUCUAGAGCAGGGAUCUUGUACAUUAACCCUGCUGACCUUGGAUGGAAUCCUCCAGUUAGUAGCUGGAUUGACAAGCGAGAGAUACAGUCGGAGAAAGCAAACCUCACCAUCUUGUUUGACAAGUAUCUCCCUUUGUGCCUGGAUACCCUUAGGACAAGGUUUAAGAAGAUCAUCCCAGUGCCAGAACAGAGCAUGGUCCAGAUGCUUUGCUACUUGCUGGAGUGUCUGCUGACAAAAGACAACACUCCUGCAGACUCUCCUAAAGAACUCUAUGAACUUUAUUUCAUUUUUGCCACAAUCUGGGCAUUUGGUGGAGCUUUGUUCCAGGAUCAGCUCAUAGACUACAGAGUGGAGUUCAGUAAGUGGUGGGCCUCAGAGUUCAAAACCAUCAAAUUCCCAUCACAAGGCACAGUCUUCGACUACUAUAUCGACACGGAGACAAAGAAGUUUGAGCCUUGGUCAAAACUUAUUCCCAAAUUUGAUCUUGACCCAGACAUCCCUCUGCAGGCUUGUUUGGUGCAUACAAUAGAGACGAUUCGCAUCCGCUACUUCAUGGACCGGCUGCUGGACAGACGCAGACCAGUCAUGCUUGUGGGCAAUGCAGGGACUGGUAAAUCUGUGCUCGUCGGGGAGAAACUCGGAACGCUGGAUCCCGAUGAGCACGUUGUGAAGAAUGUGCCAUUUAACUAUUACACCACAUCUGCCAUGCUGCAAGCCAUACUGGAAAAGCCCCUUGAGAAGAAGGCUGGCAGGAACUAUGGGCCACCCGGCAACAGGAGACUGAUCUACUUUAUUGAUGACAUGAACAUGCCUGAAGUUGACACUUAUGGCACUGUUCAGCCACAUACACUCAUCAGGCAGCAUUUGGACUAUAGUCAUUGGUACGAUCGAACUAAACUUACCCUCAAAGAGAUUCAUAAUGUGCAAUAUGUUUCCUGCAUGAAUCCCACAUCUGGCAGCUUCACCAUCAACCCUCGUCUACAGCGCCACUUCUGUGUGUUUGCACUGUCAUUUCCGGGCAAGGAUGCGCUUGCUACAAUCUACAACACCAUUCUUUCUCAACAUCUAAAGCAAAAUAACUUUGCUGGGGUAUUGCAAAAAUCGACACAACAGCUAAUCAACCUGGCACUUGCCCUGCACAGCAAGGUGGCUUCUACAUUUUUGCCAACAGCCAUCAAAUUCCACUACAUCUUUAACCUGCGAGAUCUCUCAAAUAUCUUUCAGGGCGCUCUCUUCAGUACACCUGACUGCCUGAAAACUCCUCAAGAUCUGGUCAAGCUAUACCUGCAUGAGUCUAAUCGUGUCUACAGGGAUAAGAUGAUGGGUGAAAAAGACUUCAACAUCUUUGAUAAUAUCCAGGCAGAAUUAGUGAAGAAGUUCUUUGAUGACAUAGAGGAGACCAUGGAGCAGGUGAAAAUUAUGAACAUGUACUGCCACUUUUCCAGUGGGGUUGGAGAGCCCAAGUACAUGCCAGUGCAGAGCUGGGAUUCCUUAAACAAACUCCUGAUGGAAACGCUGGACAGUUACAAUGAAGUAAACGCUGCAAUGAGCUUGGUUCUUUUUGAGGACGCCAUGUGUCACAUCUGCCGAAUUAACCGGAUUUUGGAGUUUCCCAGAGGAAACGCACUGCUUGUUGGAGUUGGGGGGAGUGGUAAACAGAGCCUCACAAGGCUUGCGGCCUACAUCAGUUCUUUAGAAGUCUUCCAGUUAACUUUAAGGAAAGGCUAUGGCAUCCCCGAUUUGAAGACUGACCUUGCUAACCUGUGCUUAAUGGCUGGAGUCAAGAAUGUGGGCACAGUCUUCUUAAUGACAGAUGCUCAAGUAGCUGAUGAAAAGUUUCUGGUUCUUGUGAAUGACCUGUUGGCAUCAGGUGAAAUUCCUGACUUGUUCGCCGACGAUGAAGUGGAAAACAUCAUCGGCAGUUUGCGGAAUGAAGUCAAGGGUCAGGGAUUAAUGGACACCCGAGAGAAUUGCUGGAAAUUCUUCAUCGAUCGCGUCAGGAAGCAACUAAAGGUGGCUUUGUGUUUCUCGCCUGUCGGUAACAAGCUGCGGGUUCGUAGUAGGAAAUUCCCGGCUGUGGUCAACUGCACUGCAAUAGACUGGUUUCACGAGUGGCCUCGGGAAGCUUUGGAGUCUGUCAGCCUGCGCUUCCUCCAGGAGACUGAUAACGUUGAUCCAUCUAUUAAAGAAUCUGUCAGCAAGUUCAUGGCAUUUGUUCACAGCAGUGUCAAUGAGACAUCAAAGUCCUAUUUAAUUAAUGACCGGCGAUACAAUUAUACUACACCCAAGUCAUUCCUUGAACAAAUCAAGCUGUACCAGAACCUGUUGUCGAAGAAGAGUAAAGAGCUGACGGCUAAGAUGGAACGUUUGGAGAAUGGGCUGGAGAAACUGAACAGCACCUCAGCACAGGUGGAUGAUCUCAAAGCUAAACUGGCAGCCCAGGAGGUUGAGUUAAAACAGAAGAAUGAAGAUGCCGAUAAACUGAUUGAAGUAGUUGGAGUUGAAACAGAAAAAGUAAGCAAAGAAAAAGCCAUUGCGGAUGAGGAAGAACUCAAGGUGGCUCACAUUGCCCAGGAUGUGACUCGAACACAGAAAGACUGUGAAGAGGAUUUAACAAAAGCUGAGCCAGCUCUUCUAGCAGCACAGGAAGCACUUAACACUCUGAAUAAGACUAACCUGACAGAAUUGAAGAGCUUUGGUUCACCCCCCUCAGCAGUGACUAAUGUCACAGCUGCCGUGCUGGUUCUCACAGCCGUCGGGGGCAAGAUACCCAAGGACCGUAGCUGGAAGGCGGCAAAGAUUAUGAUGGGAAAAGUGGAUGCUUUCCUCGAGUCCCUGGUCAGCUUCAAUAAGGAGAACAUCCAUGACAACUGCCUUAAAGCUAUUCAGCCUUACAUGCUCGAUCCUGAAUUCAACCAGGAGUUCAUUUCAUCCAAGUCUCUCGCUGCUGCUGGCCUUUGCUCCUGGGUUGUCAACAUUGUGAAGUUUUAUGAAGUCUACUGUGAUGUUGAGCCCAAGCGUAAAGCCUUAACCAAAGCCAAUGCCGAAUUAGCUGCUGCCCAGGAGAAACUGACCAUCAUAAAAACCAAGAUCAAUCAACUGAAUGAAAAUCUAGCUAAACUAACAGCAAAAUUUGAACAGGCCACUGCAGAUAAACUGAAAUGCCAACAAGAAGCUGAAUCGACAGCACGGACUAUCGGCCUUGCUAAUCGACUGGUUGGUGGUCUGGCUUCAGAAAACGUGCGUUGGGCAGAGGCUGUGUGCAGCUUUAAGCAGCAGGAGAGCAUGCUUUGUGGGGAUGUGCUCCUCAUCACUGCCUUUGUAUCCUAUCUCGGCUACUUCACCAAGAAGUACAGACAAGAUUUAAUGGAUGGAAUGUGGAAACCUUAUCUUGGGCAGCUCGAAGUUCCAAUCCCUGUGACCUCUGGUUUGGAUCCCUUGACGAUGCUCACCGAUGACGCCGACAUUGCGACCUGGCAGAACGAGAGCCUCCCGGCCGACAGAAUGUCCACUGAGAACGCUACAAUCCUCACCAGUUGUGAACGCUGGCCACUUAUGAUCGACCCCCAGCUGCAAGGUAUCAAGUGGAUCAAAAGCAAGUAUGGAGAAGACCUCCGAGUUGUGAGGAUUGGACAGAGAGGUUACCUCGACAUCAUGGAAAAUGCCCUUGGAGCAGGUGAAGUGGUUCUGAUCGAAAACCUUGAAGAAACAGUGGAUCAUGUGUUGGGACCAUUAUUGGGCAGAGAAACCAUUAAAAAGGGCAGGUGUAUCAAAAUUGGAGACAAGGAAUGUGAAUACAAUUCCAACUUCCGUCUUAUUCUACACACAAAGCUGGCGAACCCCCAUUAUCAGCCUGAAAUGCAGGCACAGUGUACCCUCAUCAACUUCACAGUAACGAGAGAUGGCUUAGAGGAUCAACUUUUGGCUGCUGUAGUCAGUAUGGAAAGACCAGACUUGGAAGAGUUGAAGUCCAACCUAACAAAGCAGCAGAAUGGCUUCAAAAUCACCUUGAAGACCUUGGAGGACAACCUACUUUCCCGCCUCUCCUCCGCUUCUGGAAACUUCCUCGGAGACACGGCCCUGGUAGAAAAUCUGGAGACGACUAAAAGGACUGCUGCUGAGAUUGAAGAGAAAGUAAAAGAGGCCAAGGUAACAGAGCUGAAGAUCAAUGAGGCACGGGAGCAUUACCGGCUAGCUGCUGGCCGAGCCUCAGUCUUAUACUUCAUCAUGAAUGACCUGAAUAAAAUCCACCCCAUGUACCAGUUCUCCUUGAAGGCUUUUAACGUGGUAUUCCAAAUGGCUGUGAAACGAGCACCUACUGAUGAAGUCCUCAAGCAGAGAGUUGUCCACUUGAUCGACAGCAUCACAUUUUCUGUGUUUCAAUACACAACAAGAAGCUUGUUUGAAUGUGAUAAGCUCAUCUACGCAGCUCAGGUCACCUUCCAGAUACUUCUAACUAAUAAAGAAAUUAAUCCGACUGAGUUUGACUUCCUGCUUCGUUAUCCAGCCCAUCCAGGAGUAUCCACUCCCGUCGAUUUUCUUUCCAACCAGUCGUGGGGUGGCAUUAAGGCUCUAGCAUCUAUGGAGGAGUUUCGAAACCUUGACCGUGAUAUCGAAGGCUCUGCCAAACGGUGGAAGAAGUUUGUGGAGUGUGAAUGUCCAGAGAAAGAGAAGUUUCCACAAGAAUGGAAAAACAAAUCAACAUUGCAACAGCUGUGUAUGAUGAGGGCUCUACGUCCUGACAGAAUGACCUAUGCCGUCCGCGAUUUUGUUGAAGAACGAUUGGGCACCAAGUAUGUUGUGGGGAGGCCAUUGGAUUUUGCAACGUCCUUUGACGAAUCUGGUCCAGCCAUCCCGAUGUUUUUCAUCCUGUCUCCUGGUGUCGAUCCACUCAAGGACGUAGAAAGACAUGGCAAAAAGCUGGGUUUUACAUUUGACAAUAGAAACUUUCACAACGUGUCACUGGGCCAAGGCCAGGAGGUGGUGGCUGAGCAGGCUCUGGACCUGGCAGCCAAAGAGGGCCACUGGGUCAUCUUGCAGAAUAUCCAUCUCGUUGCAAAGUGGCUCAGUAACUUGGAGAAGAAAAUGGAACAACACAGUGAGGGCAGUAACGAGAACUUCCGUGUCUUCAUCAGUGCUGAACCGGCCCCCUCACCCGAUGGGCACAUUAUCCCCCAGGGUAUCUUGGAGAACUCUAUCAAAAUCACCAAUGAGCCCCCAACUGGAAUGCAUGCCAACUUGCACAAGGCCUUCGAUAACUUCAAUCAGGAGGAAGAUAAUGACACGUUGGAAAUGAGCGCACGGGAAAAUGAAUUCAAGAGCAUUCUCUUUGCUCUUUGCUACUUUCAUGCCGUUGUGGCAGAGAGACGGAAAUUUGGGCCACAGGGUUGGAACCGUUCUUAUCCAUUCAACACCGGGGAUCUCACCAUCUCAGUCAACGUGCUGUACAAUUACCUGGAGGCAAAUGCAAAGGUUCCCUAUGAUGACUUACGCUACCUGUUCGGUGAAAUUAUGUACGGAGGGCAUAUCACAGAUGAUUGGGAUAGGCGGCUGUGCAGAACAUACUUGGAGGAGUUUAUUAAGCCAGAGAUGAUGGAAGGAGAGGUUUUCCUGGCAACUGGAUUCCCUCUCCCUCCAAACUCAGACUACAAUGGCUACCAUCAGUACAUCGAUGACGUGCUUCCACCUGAAUCUCCCUACCUCUACGGUCUCCACCCCAAUGCUGAGAUUGGCUUCCUCACGUUGACCUCGGAAAAGCUCUUCCGUACAGUGCUGGAAAUGCAGCCCAGGGACAGCAGUGGUGGAGAGGGCGGAGGAAUCACACGAGAAGAAAAGGUAAAGGCUACUUUGGACGAGAUAAUGGAAAAGUUACCAGAUGAGUUUAACGUCCCAGAACUGAUGAGCAAGGCAGAGGAGAGGACACCUUACAUCCUGGUGGCUUUUCAGGAGUGUGAACGGAUGAAUAUUCUUACAUCAGAGAUCAAACGCUCACUCAAGGAGCUGGGCUUGGGACAGAAGGGAGAGCUGACCAUGACAAGCGACAUGGAGAGCUUGCAAAAUGCCAUCUUCUUUGACCAAGUACCAGAUUCGUGGAAUAAGCGAGCCUACCCAUCAAUGACUGGGCUGGCCAACUGGUUCGUUGAUCUCCUCAGUCGUAUUAAGGAACUGGAAACCUGGACGUCUGAUUUUGCUCUCCCUUCUGCAGUAUGGCUUGCCGGCUUCUUCAAUCCCCAGUCCUUCCUCACAGCUAUCAUGCAGUCUAUGGCACGGAAGAAUGAAUGGCCUUUAGACAAGAUGUGUCUGCAGUGUGAUGUUACCAAGAAAACCCGUGAGGAUUGUAACAGCCCUCCCCGUGAGGGUGCCUAUGUACAUGGCCUGUUUAUGGAGGGGGCCCGCUGGGACUCACAGGCUGGAAUUAUUACCGAUGCCCGUCUGAAGGAGCUGACCCCGACAAUGCCAGUUAUUUUCAUCAAAGCCAUUCCAGUUGACAAGCAGGACAUUCGCAGUGUGUAUCCAUGUCCGGUUUACAAAACACGCCUCCGAGGCCCAACGUUCGUCUGGACUUUUAAUCUGAAAACCAAGGAAAAGCCAUCCAAGUGGGUGCUCGCUGGAGUGUCCCUCCUACUGCAAAUUUAAGCUGAAGAGUUUGCACAAUCGUCGAUAAAAUGACAAGAACAAAAAAAAAAACUCAUACAAUCCAACCUAGAUCACUUAUUUUGGUAUAAAGAUUAAUAGAUAUCUUUUAGUAUAAAAAUACACAAACAAAACAUGUUUCUUUGUUUACUAGGAACAGGCCAUCGCACUUUAUGUGUGAUUUCUCAGUUUGAACCAUCCACAAAUAUCACCUGAUGCUAGUUUGUUGGGUGACGUGUCACCAGAGAUGCCUUUUUCCUUUCCUAAUCAAGACCUACUUCUAAUUGCCUUUUAAUUAGGUACUUUUAUAAGAUGCACAUUUGGAUCGUGCUCUCAGCUGGUUUUACACUGUGAAAUUAAUGAGUAAAUACGACACAGUAUGUUGGCAUCAGUUUAUGUAAAGUGUUAAGAUCACGUUCCUUGGAUGGUUUAACCCGGUGACUGAACAGUUGACUAUUUCACCUUCACAACUUGUCAGCUUCCAUAAAUUUAGCAGAUAUGAAUAGUUAAUGAAGGAAACUGCAAAUCAAAGAUUCAAUAACACUCAGAAUGUAUGGCCAAAAUAAAUGCAUUAGCAUAAA